GAAGCCGCGCUGCCCGCUGCCCACUUGUUGUCAUUGGCCUCGAAAGCAGAGAACGGCAGCAGUGUCAUCGUCAGCUAACAACAUAAAAAAAUGCCGUGAUUAACGUAAAAAAGGCAAAACGGUAAAGGUUUUCUCCGGGGAGAGCUAAAAUAUAAUUUCGUUUGUUCUAAAAGGCAUUAGAAUUGAAUGUUUAGAAAUCAGCUGUGCAAUUAGAGAGUAAAUUGGCAGAUAUUUUAGAAAAUAAAAAUUAUUAAUUAAACAUAAAAGCGAUAAACAUGAGCGAUCAUAGUUCUUAUGAUAACGUCCCCAAAAGUGAGCAACCACCGCUACUGCUACCUAUUACAUUGAAUUGCAAUCCAGCCACCAACCGCGUCAACAACAUAACUACCAACGCUCCUGUAGUGGGUGGCGAUAAAGAACUCACGCCUGGGCGUUGCAAUUUACAAAAUUGGCUUGGUCAUACAUUCAGAGUUGUGAUAACCGAUGGACGCGUACUUGUUGGCUUCUUCAAUUGCACCGACAAAGAUGCUAAUGUGGUUCUAUCCAUGUGCGCAGAAUACUUAGAAGAGGGUAAAGAUGCACGCAUACUUGGUAAUGUAAUGAUACCGGGGAAGCAUAUUGUUUCAAUCGCGGUGGAUAUGCCCAGAGCGGCAGCACUAUCAGAUAAACCAAAUGCUGCUUCAGCGCCGGAUGUGCUAUAGUGUGAUAAGUUAAAACUGGCAUACAAGAAAAACUAUACAAUUUUUGUAAGUAGUUUAAGUCACAACUUUUAUUUAGUUUAACAUUAGCAAAAACAAUAAAAUAACAAAAUCCGACUAUGAACUAAGA